AUGUUUUUAUCACAACUGCAUUUGAUCAUCACUGUAUACGUACUGGCACUCGUUGCUCCCAACCUCGUCGCCUCUCUUGCCAUUUCAAGCAACCCAACUAUAAUUCCAGCAACUCUCCCCCUCACCAGCCCAGCCCAUACUCUCGCACCACGUGCAACAACCUGCGGAACCGGUUACUGCCCACAGGGCUCGACCUGUUGCAGCAACAACACCUGUUGUCCCUCCAGUACGCUAUGUACUCGUACUCCCUCUAAUGUAGUCGGCUGCUGUCCCGUCGGCACCGUCUGUGACGGCACCCCGGCGGGCUAUGGCGAGGCAGUAGAUGGAGGGAGCAUGUUAACCAGCAAUCAACCGGAAAGUCAGGAUGAGGGCAAUGUUGCCUCACUGGGGGACGAGAACGGGAAUACGAACCAGACGACGGCCAGUAACACUGUUGACAAUGUGAACACUGAUGCAGCGGAGAAUGGCAAUGGUACAACUACCAGCGAGGUCCGCGUCAACGCUGCUGAUAGCACUGCCACCGCUGUUGCUGCCGGGACAACUGCUGCUGCCGCACCAGAUGUAGGGGCAACCACAAUAAUUGGCGCUGUCGCUGGCGGGAUUGUGGGGUGGAUGGCGCUGUGCGCAGGGUUGUUUUGGCUUCACAAGAGGUAUAGGGCCAGUCACCCAAAGACCAAAGAGAGAGCAUUGCCACCACCUCCGGCGGCGGGGGUGGGAAGAAUGGCGUUCCCGCAAGGAUUUGUUAGGAUUGAGGAUGCUGCGAGCGAAGUCGGGGUUGGUGGGAAAGCACCGAGGCCAUAUACAACGGUUUAUGGACCAGGGGCCAGGGCCUAG